CAGCCACCAUGAGAUCUUGGAUUAUCGUCCUGCUAUCUGCCCUAUGUGGAAUUGAAGUACUCGGUAGCCACAGUCACUACCAUGGGCCAAUCUACGUACCACACGUUCUUCACAGCGGGUAUUUGGCAGAAACGCAUGAGGUAGCAGCGGCCAAGAGCGCUCAUCUUGCUGCUCUGGCUACACAGUCUCACGGUUACGGGUACGGAGGGAGUUAUGGAUACAGUCAUGAUGAAGGAUACAGUGGCUCUUAUGGAGGAGACUACGGUCAUGGAGAUUUCAGGUAUCACGGACCAAUCGCUAUUCCUCGUGUACUCCAUGACGGACACAUCGCAGACACUCACGAGGUUGCUGCUGCCAAGGCUGAACAUUUCGCCGCUGUAGCCAAGGCCAAGGCUCACGCGGGAUACGGACACGAUUACAGCGGACGAUAUGCCGGAGGAUAUGGCGAGUAUUCUGGAGCUUACAGUGGCGCUCACUAUGUCGCUCCUUACCACGGACCUCUCGCCAAGCCUGUUGUACUCAAGUCUGGAUAUCUGGCAGACACUCACGAGGUCGCUGCUGCCAAACAUCAUCAUCUUGAAGCCCUGCACAAGGCCAACUACCAUGACCAUUAUUAUCAUUGAUGUUUCUUAAAUAUUGGAAUAAAUUGAAAUAAACUAUU